AUGGGAAUCAAGAAGUCAACUAAGAAGUUCGAGAAGAACCAUCUUAGGGAUACAAUUGACCGGCGACGAGAGUUUUCAAAGGUCAAACAGCGCCAUCAAGUCAAAGAUAAAAGGAAGGCCAAAAAUGCAGCAAAGCUCGAAGAAGCUGCCAGACAGGAAAAUGAGAAGAAAGGGACUUCCGAUGCCCGGCAGGAUGCUGCGUUUGCAGAUAUGGCCGUAGACGAUUUUUUCGCCGGCGGUUUUGAAAUUGCAGAUGCACCGGCUGCCACGAAAUCUUCCAAGAAACAGAAGAAGGACGUCGCCCCAAAGACCGGUAAACGGAAGCGCGCGGAGGAGAAGGAGGAUGUCGAAUUAGAAGAUGGAAGCGACAAUGAGGAGAGUGAAAUGGAAUCGGGAGAAGAGUCUGAUGGGAGCGACUCGGACAACUUGGAGGCUCAUCAGGAUCAACUGGAGGCUCUAAAGGAGAAGGACCCCGAAUUUUACAAAUACCUUAAAGAGAACGACGCUGAACUUUUGGAAUUUGGAGAUCAUGGUGAUCUUGCUGAGGUGGAUGAUCUAAGUGAAGCCGAAGAACAAGAAGAGGCUCCCGCCGCAAAGAAGUCCAAAAAGUCGAAGAAGCGCGAAGAAACAGACCUGACGUCAGAAAAGACGCUCAGGAUGCCAAUGGUAAAACAGUGGCAGAAAUCAAUGUUAUCACAACAUUCUCUACGAGCAACAAGACAAGCUGUACUAGCUUUCCGUAUUGCCGCCUAUGUUGAUGAGGAGGAUAACGAAGACCGAAAAUACACCAUCUCUGACCCGGAUGUAUAUCACCAAGUCCUGAUAACCGCACUUGAGGAAGUGCCGAAAGUGUUGAAUCACCAUUUGCCUGUCAAGGAAACAGCUGGUGGGAAAAUAAGAGUUACUCUUGAUUCAAAGAAGUUCAAAACUCUGACGCCGCUCAUCAAAUCUCAUGUGUCUUCCAUUCACCAGCUUCUCACCACCCUUUCCGACGCCGCAGCCUUGAAACUUACAAUAUCUUCCAUUGAGCCGAUGCUUCCAUACAUCUUACAAUUCCGAAAGCUGCUAAAAGUCUUAAUAAAGACAGUUGUUGGUCACUGGUCGGAAGCCUCAAACUCAGAGGCUACACGUAUCACUGCGUUUUUGAUACUGAGGAAGCUACUGGUUAUUGGGGAUGCUGGAAUUCGAGAAGCAGUUUUGAAAGCCAGUUAUGAGGGUGUGGUUAAGGGCAGUCGCAACACCUCAGUUCACACCCUUCCCGGUAUAAACCUGAUGAAGAACUCUGCUGCAGAGCUCUGGGGCAUUGAUCAGAAUAUUGCUUAUACAACAGGGUUCACCUUCAUUCGACAGCUCGCUAUCCAUUUGAGGAGUAGUAUUACCAAUCCAACCAAGGAUUCGUACAAGACUGUCUACAACUGGCAGUAUGUACACUCUUUGGAUUUUUGGUCCAGAGUUCUGGCAGCCCAUUGCGAUCCUUUGGUAGAAGCGAAGGCAGGAAAGCAAUGUGCACUCCGACCGUUGAUAUACCCUGUUGUUCAGAUUAUCCUUGGAGCUAUGCGCCUCAUACCCACAGCCCAAUAUUUUCCUCUUCGUUUCCAACUAACACGAUCUCUUCUCCGCUUGUCCCUUUCUACCGGAACCUACAUCCCUCUGUCAUCCGCCCUAUUAGAAGUUUUGAACUCUGCAGAGAUGAAAAAGCCUCCAAAGGCAAGCACAUUACGACCACUAGACUUUUCAACCACUAUACGUACACCCAAGUCCUACCUGAGAACACGGGUAUACCAGGAUGGUGUAGCCGAAGAGGUUUCGGAACUCCUUUCGGAAUACUUUACCCUAUGGACCAAAAAUAUUGCUUUCCCCGAGCUUGCACUUCCAGUUGUUGUGAUGCUCAAACGCUGGGUUAAAGAAGUUUCAUCUCGUUCCUCAGGGAAUAAGAAUCCCAAAGUAUCCCAGAUAUUCAUGCUCUUGGUACGGAAGAUUGAGGCAAAUUGCCGCUGGAUUGAAGAGCGAAGGGCAAAAGUUACAUUUGCGCCUAGGAACCGGGCGGAGGUGGAAGGAUUUUUGAAGGAAACUGAGUGGGAUACAACUCCUUUGGGCGCUUUCGUCAAGACUCAACGAGUUCAGAGAGCCGAACGAGCAAAGCUGUUAGAAAGCAGCCGAGCGCAGGAGCGGGAUGAUAAAAAGAAAAACAACACCGAUGACAACGAAGACGACAGUAUGGCCGAAGAUGAUUCUAGCGAUGGCGAGUAA